AUGCUUAAUGAACCAUCUGUUCUCGACAAUCAUAUACUAUUGCCACCUCCAGGUCUAAUUAAAUUAAACUUUUAUUGUCCUGAUAAAUCAAUCGCUUCGAAAUUUGAUACACUUUUACAAAAUAUGUCUAAUUUAUGUUAUUUGUAUAUCCGCAUUAAACAUAGUCUGAUCAAUGGUUACAAAUGGGAACAAAUCAUUCGUAUUCAUUUGUCGAAACUUAAAAUAUUUCGACUAAGAAUGAAUAAAGCAUUUUUUAACAAUUCAAAUAUACAAUUAGAAAAACAAGUCGAUAAUUUAAUUAAUUCAUUUCGAAGUUCAUUUUGGAUUAAUGAACAACAAUGGUUUUUUCGAUGUUUUACAUGGAACAAGACCAUCGUUCUCCAUACUAUUUGUAGUACAUGUAAUUAUCACGAAUCGAUAAUUCCAGCCUAUUGGCAAUCAACAUUUCCAGACGAUAAUCAACAACAAUUUUAUAAUGAGAUAACCAGCAUUCAUAGUGAUACAUUUCUUAAUGAAUUACUUUCGUUAAAUAUUUGUUUAUCUAACAUUGAUCAUCUUACUAUAAAACUUCCUAUCAAUGAAAAAAUUUGGUCGAUAGUUUCAAAUUUCAAUCGACUUCGCUCACUUACUGUAUCAUCUCAUACUGACACAUUUCAAUUUGAACUUCAGAUUUUAUUAGAUCGAGCACCUUAUCUUCAAACACUUAGGUUCGAACAAGAUGUAUCAUUACCAUUACACUUGUCAUUAUUCAAUUAUAGAAAUACGUCAGUUUGUGAACUCAGUUUAUUUGGCUGUGACUAUCGUUUCAAUGAAGAAGAAUGUAUUUUAUUCAGUCGUUCACCUUUAGGUGUACAAUGUGAAGUUCUUUGCAUUGAAGUUAAUAAUCGUGAAACUAUUAUUCAUCUCGUUAAACAUAUGAUCAAACUUCGAGCAUUACAUGUUCAUUACGAUGAUGGAAUGAAUUGGAAAAAUUUGAAAAUGAAAACAGCAGCGCAGUUUGAUGAAUGUUAUAAAAAAGCAAGACAGAUGAUAGAUCAACUUGUUCAAUGGUUAAAAGAUCAUCUACCGCCGACAUAUUUGGUUAUUAAUGAUCCACAUUAUGGUAACAAUGUUAUUUCAAUAUGGAUUUAG